CGCGCCGGGGGCGGGCUCGCUGCGCGUGCCGGGCGCCUGAGAACGUUCGCCGCGGGGGCGGCUCCGGGGCCUGAGCGGGCGCUGCUGCCGCCGCCUCAGCCGCGGGGGCCGGGCCGGAGGAGGCGGAGGAGGCUGCGGCCGGCGGAGACCUUCUCGACGCCCCCAGCUCCGGCCGGGAAUAGGGGGAAUUCAAUCCGCUGAAGGCCAUUUUCCAGAGAAGACUACAUCUGCGAGAAGGUAGCAGCCAGCUCUCACGGCAGCUGGGGGAUCUGUGAGGCUGGGCCAGGAUGAUUGAGGAAAGUGGGAACAAGCGGAAGACCAUGGCAGAGAAGAGGCAGCUGUUCAUAGAAAUGCGUGCUCAGAAUUUUGACGUCAUACGACUGUCAACUUACAGAACAGCUUGCAAAUUACGAUUUGUACAAAAACGAUGCAACCUCCAUCUUGUUGAUAUCUGGAACAUGAUCGAAGCCUUCCGAGACAAUGGCCUUAAUACGCUGGACCAUACCACUGAGAUUAGUGUGUCCCGCCUCGAAACUGUCAUCUCAUCCAUCUACUACCAGCUGAACAAGCGCCUGCCUUCUACUCACCAGAUCAGCGUGGAGCAGUCCAUCAGUCUCCUCCUCAACUUUAUGAUUGCUGCAUACGACAGUGAGGGCCGAGGCAAGUUGACGGUAUUUUCAGUUAAAGCUAUGUUAGCAACCAUGUGUGGUGGAAAAAUGCUGGACAAAUUGAGAUAUGUUUUCUCCCAGAUGUCAGAUUCCAAUGGCUUAAUGAUAUUUAGCAAGUUUGACCAGUUUCUGAAGGAAGUUCUGAAGCUCCCAACAGCUGUCUUUGAAGGGCCGUCCUUUGGUUACACAGAGCACUCAGUCCGCACCUGUUUUCCCCAGCAGAAAAAGAUAAUGCUAAAUAUGUUUUUAGACACAAUGAUGGCCGAUCCUCCUCCCCAGUGCCUUGUCUGGCUGCCUCUCAUGCACAGGCUUGCCCAUGUGGAGAACGUCUUCCAUCCCGUGGAGUGCUCCUAUUGCCGGUGUGAGAGUAUGAUGGGUUUCCGGUACCGAUGCCAGCAGUGCCACAACUACCAGCUCUGCCAGAAUUGCUUUUGGCGUGGUCAUGCCAGUGGCCCUCACAGCAACCAACACCAGAUGAAGGAGCAUUCCUCUUGGAAAUCCCCUGCGAAGAAGCUGAGCCAUGCAAUUAGUAAAUCUUUGGGGUGUGUACCCACCAGAGAACCUCCACAUCCUGUUUUUCCUGAACAACCAGAGAAACCACUUGACCUUGCAAAUAUAGUUCCUCCUCGCCCUCUGACUAAUAUGAAUGACACCAUGGUGAGCCAUAUGUCCUCUGGAGUGCCCACUCCCACCAAGAGGUUACAGUAUAGCCAGGAUAGACCCCGUCACUUGGCCGAUGAGCAUGCGCUGAUAGCCUCCUAUGUGGCCCGUCUGCAGCACUGUGCACGAGCUAGCCAAGAACACUUCUUUCAUCCAGGUGCGGAAUUAUCUCAUAGACCACCUAGUGUCCUGGACAGUCCUAGCCGACUGGAUGAGGAACACCGGCUUAUAGCUCGCUAUGCUGCCCGUCUGGCUGCAGAGGCAGGAAACAUGACCCGACCUCCCACUGACUUGAGCUUUAACUUUGAUGCCAACAAACAACAAAGACAGCUUAUUGCAGAACUGGAAAACAAAAACAGAGAGAUCCUGCAGGAGAUUCAGCGUCUCCGUCUGGAGCAUGAGCAGGCUUCCCAGCCCACCCCUGAGAAGGCCCAGCAGAACCCCACGUUGCUGGCAGAGCUGCGGCUGCUGAGGCAAAGGAAAGAUGAACUGGAGCAGAGAAUGUCGGCACUGCAGGAGAGCAGGCGGGAGCUGAUGGUCCAGCUGGAAGGGCUGAUGAAGCUGCUGAAGGAGGAAGAGCAAAAGCAGGCAGCUCAGGCCACAGGAUCGCCACAUACGUCGCCCACUCACGGAGGCAGCCGCUCAAUGCCUAUGCCUGUCCGCUCAACGUCGGCUGGCUCCACCCCCACCCACUGUCCACAGGACCCACUCAGCGGAGUCGGGGGAGACAUGCAGGAGGCCUUUGCACAAGGUACGAGGAGAAACCUCCGCAAUGACCUGCUGGUGGCCGCUGACUCCAUCACCAACACCAUGUCAUCCCUGGUAAAGGAGCUCCACUCAGCAGAGGAAGGUGCAGAGGAAGAAGAAGAGAAGAUGCAGAUUGGGAAAGACAGAGGUUAGCGGAGGAGCCGGGACAGAGAGGAAGCACGGCACAGGGGAUGUGGAGCGAGCUGGCAUCGACAUGAGGAAGGCGAGGUCCUCCCCCAGAGGCGCAUUCCUGUUCAUCUUUCCAGUGCACACCUGGACCAGGCUUGCAGGCUGCCAGACGUCACCCCGCCAGGGAGAGGAGAGCCCGAGCCCGUGGGACGUGGGAGGGCCCUCCAGAUGCUGCUGUUGGUGGGCCUCCCCCUGGCGCAGUCCUGCAUGAACUAGCAUCUUCAUCACUCCCCUUGGGGCAUGGUCUCAUCUCUGCAACAGGAAUUUACCAGGAGGUUGAAAAGAGAAAAGAAACAGCAGGAAUCUCCAGUGUGUGUGACCUGAUCGAGUUCUUGCUGGUGUCUUGCCAGCACAUGGGGUGCUCCCCAGAGUGGGGGCACGAGUUUCCUCCCUACUUUUGACCUUUAAAAACCAACAGAUUUUCUUCCCUCUGUCGUGCAAAGACAGCUUCAGGCCUUGCUCAGUUCUACAGACAUUCACACCCUGGCCACAGUGCUAAAAAUAGCCUCCUUCCUUUCUCUCACACUGGUUAGCUUCCGCCCCGUUUGAUGCCACUGCUCUGCAGCCUAGGCGGGAAGGGGGAGCAAAGAGCUCAGCACUGCAGCCCUGGGCGAUUCCACCUCCAGCCAUGAGAGGAUUCUGUGCAGCCAGGCCAGGGGCUGCCGGGCAGGGAGCACUGACCCUUGACCGCCAGAGGGAGCACUAACCCCAGGGUGCUGUGCUCACGCGGCCUCUCCCCUUCGCAGGGUUCCAUUCUGCUCUGCACUCAUGAUAAUCAAUCCCAAUUCCCAGUGAUUUUCAUUUAUUUUUUUCUCUUCCCUGGGCUCCAGGAUGUUAUUUUUAGUAGAAGAACUGCUAUAAAUAUUUAUAAAGGGUAGUGACUGGAAUGAAGCGAGAGGCCCCACAGCUGGUUCUCACAUCCCCCCAACAUACACACCUCUGCAGACCUCUGCCCGCUGCCUGAGGAGGUCUGUGCAGAGCCAGUGGGCUCAACCCAUAGGCAUCCACGGAUAGAGUCCCACGGAAGCUUCGUGAGGGAGCUGUUGGGUAAGAGAGAAGGGGCGGGUUAGCUCUGUCCGUCCUUCCUCUCCACGUGCCUCUUCUCCCUCAUUUACUCCCGUGUCUAACGGACGUCAAGACGCUCUGUUAGGCCCAAGUCCCCAGAGUCAUAAGCAGUAGGUAUGAGGGGCCGGUGCAACUUGGAUUGCUCCAGCUGUGUGAGAGCACGCAGGAAAGCGGGAGCCCGGAAGCUGGUUUCCCCUCAGGUGUGAGAGCGCUCCCCUCCUAGCCUCAGGAGAAGCCCACACCUAGUGGAGGGCUUGCCUCCCACAGCAGCUCCUGGGCACUGCCUAGGUCCACACUGUGACCAGCACUGAGCUGAGGCCCUGGAGAGCCAGCAGGGGCUCUGGUAAAAGGAAAACACUGGUGGAAAGGAGCUCCCACACUCCCAGGAAGCAGGGCUUGGGGCUUGCCUGGAGGCCAGAAGAGGCAAGAGUGACAGUAACCACGUGAAAGUUCAGGGGACGCUCGGUGCCAACCAAUGGUGAGAUUCGUUGUGGGGGCGCUACAGCAAGCUCUUGGAGAUCACGACGCUGUUAGGUGACUCUGUGCUUCCCUCCACCAUCCUGACUGCUCACACUCUGUGAACUGCUUGCUUCUUCCGGAGCAGAAAGAGCCAAAGGAACAGUCAGAGUAAAAGCACCAGUGGCUCCAGACAGCCGAGUGCAUGUGCUGAGGUGCACGUGGCAUAUGGCAGUGUCUCCUGGGCCCCAUGUCUCCUGGGCCACUCCACCCUGGGAGGCUGCCCGGCCCGCAAGGCUGAUCACUCAGCAGGUUCUCUUGCUGUCUGCUGGCCUCUGCAAAGGAGUAGCCUUACUGUGUUCAGCCCCAGGAGAGGCUCUGAAGUCCCGACCUCUCGCCAUUUACCAGCACCUGGAGGGUGAUAAGGGGGCUGGAGGGAACCACAGGGAUGAACUCAGAUGCCGGCAUGGCAGUGCAUGGAGUGUCCCAUUUAUAUAUAAAUUCUUGUUGACAGUU